GGGGCAUUGAGCAACUGGGGAGGAAAGCAGAGGCUUGAACCUGCUGGAGUCCAGUUGGUCUGCGUUUUUAUGUUGGAGAACCAUCCUGGUUCCAGCUUAUUUUGCUUUCGUAAAUAUGAUGCAUUUUUUAAAUGCUUUCAUUUGAUACGGACUAUCUGGACUGUAAGAUUGAGUCUUGCCAUGCAUGGAAUGUGUUUACUUCUGUUUUGUAGAAGAUUUAGCCCAUGGUAUUCUAUUUGUAGGAUUCAUUUCAGACAUUUUGUGUUUACCACAUACAGUCCCACCAGCAAGGGCUUUUAAAAAAGUGACCUAUGUUGUCUCUUAUAGCUUAUGACAACUCCAAUUUUGACACGUGUUUGAAACCAGUGAUCUUUAGAUUAUAUAAAAUCAACUUCACUCUUUCUCCCUGUUCAAACCUCAAACUCUGGUUACUUUUAGGCUUACUGCUCCCUUGUUAAUUAUUUAUAAUGAACUAUGGAGCUAUAGGCUUGCUUUAGUGUGUUAACCUUUAUUUGUGUCUUGUUUCAGGCAUUUGUAUAUUGUUUUCUCAUCUGGAGAGUGAGCUGCACUGUUUUCCUUCAGUGCUGUUUAGAAGAGCUUUCGGAGACCAGAAACAUGUUCUUUUUGCAUUACCCAAUAUGGUAGCACUAGCCACAUAUAGCUUUUGACCACUUGAAUGGGGCUAGAGCAGUGGAAGAACUGAAACUUUAAUAUUUUUUUUCUUUUCCUUUUCUCUCUCUCUUUUUUUUUUGUUUUUUUUUUUUUGAGACGGAGUCUCGCUCUGCUCUGUCACCCAGGCUGCAGUGCAGUGGCCUGAUCUCUCCUCACUGCCAUCUCUGCCUCCCAGGUUCAAGCGAUUGUUCUGCCUGAGCCUCUCGAGCAGCUGGGAUUACAGGCGCCUGCUACCACACCCUGUUAAUUUUUGCUGUGGGGGGGGGGGGGGGGUUUCACCAUAUUGGCCAGGGUGGUCUCGAACUCCUGACCUGAAGUGAUCUGCCCAUCUCGGCCUCCCGAAGUGUUGGGAUUACAGGCAUGAUCCACUGCACCUGGCCAAUUUUUAAAUUAAUUUAAAUAGUCACAUGUGGCUAGUAGUUAUCUGGUCAGAUGCCACAGCUUUAACUUAUUAGUCUCCAGGAAGCCUUCGUUGAUCCUCUUGAAUCUGUGCUUUCAUAGGACUCAGCUGUCCUUGGUCAUAGCACUUACUACUUUCAGCUUUCUGGUAGGAAUCAACACUAGGCUGUAAUCUAUAUGAGGGCAAGGACAGAUCUGGUUUCUUUACCUUUGCAUAGCUUAGAACUUAGUAAGAAAAGCUGAAUAAAUAUUUGUUAAAUGCAUAAAUAGCUUUUUCAGGGCAGGUAUUUCAAUUUUUAAUUCUCUCUAAGGCCAACAAAGUGUUCAGUACUGUAAAUACCUGUUUAGUAGAUUGUACAGAUGUUAUGUAGGUAGCAAAUAAAAGGAUCAUUGGAGUUAUGCUUUAAAUACUUAUGUGGUGAGAUUGGAAUCUCAGGAGAAUGAUGACUCAUAACAAAGUAUUACAGGAAAUUGAAUGAAAGGGCCUCAUGAUUCCAGCUAAUGUAGACACAGCUUUGGUCUCCUAUUAGUUGAAUAACUCCAGGACACUCUUGAACCAUAUCUCAAAUCUGAAGUCUCCUGGCUUCAGUAAGGCCCUUUUAUGGGGUCCAGACAGUCCUGAACCAGCCUGAAGAUGCUAGUGGACAUCCCCAUUUAUUACUGCUCUGUGUUAAAGCAUGGACCAAGGAGUCUUGGAAAAAAAAUCACAAGGUGGCUUUCUAGAAGAUGACCAUAGAGGACCUUCCAGAUUUUCCAUUAGAAGGAAAUCCUUUGUUUGGAAGAUACCCAUUUAUAUUUUCUGCUUCUGAUACCCCAGUUAUCUUUUCCAUUUCUGCAGCACCAAUGCCUUCAGACUGUGAAUUUUCUUUCUUUGAUCCUAAUGAUGCAUCAUGCCAGGAAAUUCUUUUUGAUCCCAAAACUUCAGUUUCAGAAUUAUUUGCCAUUUUGAGACAGUGGGUUCCUCAGGUCCAACAAAACAUUGACAUUAUUGGAAAUGAGAUUCUUAAGAGAGGUUGCAAUGUGAAUGAUAGAGAUGGAUUGACAGAUAUGACUCUUUUACAUUAUACCUGCAAAUCUGGAGCUCAUGGUAUUGGUGAUGUGGAAACAGCUGUAAAAUUUGCAACUCAGCUUAUUGACCUGGGAGCAGACAUUAGUUUGCGGAGUCGCUGGACAAACAUGAAUGCUUUGCAUUAUGCUGCUUAUUUUGAUGUCCCUGAACUUAUAAGAGUGAUUUUGAAAACAUCGAAACCAAAAGAUGUGGAUGCCACUUGCAGUGAUUUUAAUUUUGGAACAGCUUUGCAUAUUGCAGCAUACAACUUGUGUGCAGGUGCUGUGAAGUGCCUCUUGGAGCAGGGAGCAAAUCCUGCAUUUAGGAAUGACAAAGGACAGAUCCCUGCUGAUGUUGUUCCAGACCCAGUAGAUAUGCCGUUAGAGAUGGCUGACGCCGCAGCCACUGCUAAGGAAAUCAAGCAGAUGCUUCUAGAUGCGGUGCCUCUGUCAUGUAACAUCUCAAAGGCCAUGCUCCCAAAUUAUGAUCAUGUCACUGGCAAGGCAAUGCUUACGUCACUUGGCCUGAAGUUGGGGGAUCGUGUUGUUAUUGCAGGACAGAAGGUUGGUACAUUAAGAUUUUGUGGAACAACUGAAUUUGCAAGUGGGCAGUGGGCUGGCAUUGAACUGGAUGAACCAGAAGGAAAAAAUAAUGGAAGUGUUGGAAAAGUCCAGUACUUUAAAUGUGCCCCCAAGUAUGGUAUUUUUGCACCUCUUUCAAAGAUAAGUAAAGCAAAAGGUCGAAGGAAGAAUAUAGCACACACUCCUUCUACAAAAGCUGCUGUACCUCUCAUCAGGUCCCAGAAAAUUGACGUAGCUCAUGUAACAUCAAAAGUAAAUACUGGAUUAAUGACAUCAAAAAAAGAUAGUGCUUCUGAGUCAACACUUUCAUUGCCUCCUGGUGAAGAACUUAAAACUGUGACAGAGAAAGAUGUUGCCCUGCUUGGAUCUGUCAGCAGCUGCUCCUCUACAUCUUCUUUGGAACACAGACAGAGCUACCCCAAGAAACAGAAUGCAAUCAGCAGUAACAAGAAGACAAUGAGCAAAAGCCCUUCCCUUUCAUCCAGAGCCAGUGCUGGUUUGAAUUCCUCAGCAACAUCUACAGCAAAUAAUAGCCGUUGCCAGGGGGAACUCCGCCUCGGAGAGAGAGUGUUAGUGGUAGGACAGAGACUGGGCACCAUUAGGUUCUUUGGGACAACAAACUUCGCUCCAGGAUAUUGGUAUGGUAUAGAGCUUGAAAAACCCCAUGGCAAGAAUGAUGGUUCAGUUGGAGGUGUGCAGUAUUUUAGUUGUUCUCCAAGAUAUGGAAUAUUUGCUCCCCCAUCCAGGGUGCAAAGAGUAACAGAUUCCCUGGAUACCCUUUCAGAAAUUUCUUCAAAUAAACAGAACCAUUCUUAUCCUGGUUUUAGGAGAAGUUUUAGCACAACUUCUGCUUCUUCCCAAAAGGAGAUUAACAGAAGAAAUGCUUUUGCCAAAUCGAAAGCUGCUUUGCGUCGCAGUUGGAGCAGCACCGCCACUGCAGGUGGCAUUGAAGGGAGCGUGAAGCUGCACGAGGGGUCUCAGGUCCUGCUCACGAGCUCCAAUGAGAUGGGUACUGUUAGGUACGUGGGCCCCACUGACUUUGCUUCAGGUAUCUGGCUUGGACUUGAGCUCCGAAGCGCCAAGGGAAAAAAUGAUGGGUCAGUGGGUGACAAGCGCUAUUUCACCUGUAAGCCGAACCAUGGAGUCUUAGUUCGACCGAGCAGAGUGACCUAUCGGGGAAUUAAUGGGUCAAAACUUGUGGAUGAGAAUUGUUAAGCUUCUAAAAUAUUAAGUAAGCUCAAAUAUAUAUAUUUGGUGUAAAUAAAGAGUCCAUGGUAAAUGGUUUACUUUAUUUAGCCAUAUUAAAAUUUUGAAAAUAUAGUUAUCUUCUUAAAAACCAUUAUAACAAUUUAGAGAGAGUUCUUUACAAAGCCAUGAAUAUGAACUAUGGGGAAUCAUGGUUCUUUUAAAGCAAUUUUCAAAAUAGGUACCAAUUAAAGCUUUAGGUCCCAAGAAGAGUCUGGGACUCAGGAAGAAAAAGUGCCAUCAGGUGACCAGCUGUUGCAUUUCUUGCUUAUUCUGUUUUGUUUUUGCACAUCAUAUUGGAUUUUUCUUAGUGCCCUAAUUGUGAAGGGUUUCUCUAGCUUUGGUUAUGUAUAAUGUUCACGUGACCUUUUUUUGUCAAGCAUUUUUGGAAUUUUUCUUUCUUUCUGUGCUUUAUUACUAAUAAGUCCAAUGAGUGAGUAGUAGCUAGAUGACUAGUAUGUAGUUUUAUAUUUUGGUAAAAUUAUUUGCCCUUUCAGAAAUGCCUCAUCUAAAGAUACAUGAUAAUUUUGGAGUUGGAAGGGGCCUUAGAGGCUCUCCAGCUCUGCUUCUUGCCCAUUGCCAAAUACUGAAAUGGAAGCCCAUCUUACCUGGGGUCACUAACUGGUUGGUUAACUGAGCUAAGAAUAGACUGUGGGUCUCCUCACUUGUGGCCCAGUGCUCUUUCUGCUAUACAAAAUGUCUAAUCUCAGAUUUUUCUUCUGCUGCUUGACUGCUUCAUCUGGAUGAACUACAAAAAACCCAUGAUUAAGGUUUAUGAAUUCAAGUAAUAAUUAGAUUUUUUUUGUGCAGACUUACUUAACUUCCUUAUUGGAUAUGUUUGUAACACAUAAACACGAAGCACUUUUCAAACAUGAUGCACUUUUAUCUUUGUGAAGAAUUUACUGUCCUUUCCUCCUGGGAUAUGAGAAACAUUUUAAAAAACGUAUUUAACAGAAGAGAGCAAAUAAAGAUAUAUCAGGAAGGAUGUAUUAGUUAUUUACUUAAAUGUUUAUAAUAUCUGGAUUUUUUUUGUUUUAUUACUCAUAGAACUGGUGUUGUUUGCUGUUUUUAUUUCUCUAAUUGUUGCAGAGUUCUGCCUGUUACAAAGCUACAGAACUGUAUCGUUUUUAUUUUCCUUCUUGAGCACAUGUUAACAAACUAAGCUUCACAUUAGAGUGAUGUCAUAAUGUAAAAUGUUUGCAUUGUGGUUAGGUAUUGAAGUUUAUGUCCUGUCUGUGUAAAGAUUCAUCUUUUAUUGUAAAUAUUUAGACUUUACCACAGAAAUAUUGGAACAGUUUGCUUUAUAAGAUUAAAAAGCAUCCUUCAGAAUGGAGCUUGCCUUGUGCUUAGAAAUAAUAUGUUGAACUAUUUUGCAAUAUACUAUUUUAAAUCUAAAUUCUGUCACUUCGCUGCCUUUUUAAAAUAGUGUGGUGUUUCAAAUAUUGCUAGAGCUAUUUUCCUGAAAUACAUUUGCAAAAUAAGGCUGCUUUGUAAUCAAGGAAUAUUUUUAUUGAUUGAAGGAAAUGACUGUACUGCGAUUCAAAAGUAAACUUAUUUUAUUAUACAGAUUAUUUCUUAAAAACUCUAUUUAUACCUUAACAUGAAAUCCAUGACCACACCAAACUUGGUUAUUCAUAAUUUUUCCUGUUAAAUAUAAAACACUGUAAGUUAAAAACAGUAAUGCCAACACUGAAUUUAUUUUUGAGGUCGAAGAACCAGUUGUUCUCUUUCUAUUUAGAUGAGGAUGAUUGAGUCCAUAUACCAUGUAUGUUUACAUAUACUAUACAUGCACAUUAGGUGUUUUCAUUUGUGUUUUGCUGAUGAAAUGUCAUUUAAAGUUCACUUCUUGAGCAUCAAUAAAAAGGGAAGCUGUGUGGUUUUGGAA